AGCGCUCCGGCGGUUGCCGUGGAGACGCGUCGGCGGGGCCGGGCCGGGAGCGCCGCCAUGAGCGCGGGACCGGGACCGGGAAUGGGAACGGGAUCAGGGCCGGGACCGGGAUCGGGAACGGAAUUAGGACCGGGACUAGGACCCGGACUGGAAUCAGAAUCGGGACCGGGAUCAGCACCGGUACCGGCCCUGGGACCGGGACCGGGGCCGGCGCCUGGUCUGCCCUUCCUCCCCGGCUGUGCCGUCAGGGACCCCACGAGAACAUCUUUUCAUCGGUCCCACACACUGGGCUUCAGAAAUGGAUAUGCCUUUUCCCAGCUGCCAAGGGAGGGGGUUGGCGGGCAGACGAUCUUCCCAAAUCUGCUUUCUCAAGAUCAGCUGGAUGAUUUAUGCACAAAGGGACCCACCCUGACCUACGGGCCAGCCAAGAAGUCUCCACCUCCACCCUUCAUGCCGUCAUACGUGGCUUUUGACAAACAGGUUUUGAAGUUUGAUGCCUAUUUCAAGGAAGAGGUUCUUACCUCUGCAGAGGAGCAUUACCGGAUCCGCCAAGUGGGCAUCUACUACUACCUGGAAGACGACAGCAUGUGUGUCAUAGAGCCUGUGGUGAAGAACUCUGGGCUCAUUCAAGGCAAACUUAUGAGACGCCACCGGGUGCCCAAGAAUGACCAGGGGGAUUAUUACCACUGGAAGGACCUGAACCUGGCCACGAACAUCACCAUGUACGGCAGGACGUACCGCUUAGUCGACUGCGACUCCUUCACCAAGGUGUUCAUGGAGAGCCAGGGAAUUGUACUGAACCCUCCAGAGCAAUUGGUUUCGGAUCCUUACAUAGAACAGCGCCGGACGCCUGUGCAAAAGCCCGUCGUGCCAGCAGGUCCCGACCCCCUCUGGCAGUUCCUGACCUACGACACAAAGGUGAGAGAGCUGGGGAUUACCCACAUACUGUGGGAUUACCCACAGAGCACUC